AACAUAACUUGUAUUUUCUUGAAGAAAGUGCAUUACGUCGUAUGCCUGAUGGGCUGCUUCUUCUAUAAUCUAAGUUUGAAUAUGUUGAAACUUUAAUGUAAAUGCAAAUCCGUGUUUGUGAAUGUCGAAAAUCCUGUUUGUGUAGAGUCAUACGAUCUGUCGGCCUUUUUUCUGGACCAUCCUGAUUGGUGCCGGCCCAGCAUCUGAAGAUGUUGCGCCGAAUGGGGGCGGUGCUUAAGUGCAGGUUCUACUGCAAAAACAGCCCUGGAAAAACAGUGCAAAAUAGGUGGUGUGAACCGUCCAGAAGUGUAGUGGAAGUGGCCCAAGUAACGGAUUUGUGUAAUUAUAACAGGCUGGUUGUAAGACGAAUCACCACUACAAUGCCAGAGAUCGACACAAGUAAUCUUGAUGAGCGGCAAGUCCAGCUUCUGGAGGAGAUGUGCAUCCUUUUAGAUGAAAAUGAUAAGAAGAUUGGUGCAGACACCAAGAAAAACUGCCACUUGAAUGAAAAUAUUGAUAAAGGUUUCUUGCAUCGGGCUUUUAGUGUUUUCCUUUUUGACAAUAAAGAUCGGUUGUUGCUGCAGCAAAGAUCAGAUGCAAAAAUAACCUUUCCUGGUUGUUUUACUAAUACCUGCUGUAGUCAUCCUCUCAAUACCCCAUCGGAACUGGAAGAAAAGGGUGCCAUAGGUGUAAGGAGAGCAGCACAAAGAAGAUUAAAAGCAGAAUUUGGUAUUCCCAUGGAACAGGUGACUCCAAAUGAACUGACAUACCUGACUCGUAUUCACUACAAGGCACAAUCAGAUGGCAUGUGGGGCGAGCAUGAAAUUGAUUACAUUUUGUUUGUACAAAAGAAUGUUACUUUAGACCCUGAGCCUAAUGAAAUCCAAAGCCAUUGUUAUGUCACAAAGGAAGAACUGAAAGAACUUCUUAAGAAAGCUGACAAAAAAGAAAUUAAGAUUACUCCAUGGUUCCGAUUAAUUGCAGAGACCUUCCUCUUCAAAUGGUGGGAUAAUCUGCACAGCUUGAAGGAGUUCAUGGAUCAUGAAACAAUACACAGAAUGUAACCUUCAUAUUGUGUGCAUGUUGUUACAGAGAUGCAAAAUGUAAUUCUUGGGAGAUUUUGGAUACGAGUAUCUAGUUUUCAGGUUAUUUUAUUUUUUUAAUAGAAAACAAAGUGCUAUACUCCUGAAGGAGUACUAGUAGAAAGCAUAAAUGUUUACUUUGUCAGUUUCUGAAAUAAAAUUCUGUAAAGUGG